AUGACUUUGAGAUCAAUAUCACUUACAACUGCUCCUCCAAUAUCACUUAAAACUGCUUUAGACACUCCACGUCCACGCAAGAGAAUUAUUAUUAAAAGGUCUUCUGAAAUAGUUAACGCAUCAAGAAAAAAGACCCUAAAUGAAAAUAAGAUGAAAUCCGUGGGAACACCUACAGAUUCACCUGAAAUGACAUCUAGCGGCACCCAAACUGGUGAUGAUUAUUUCAUUUCACAAUCAUACAAUAUAUUAUACAGAUUAAAAAGGAGACAGGCAACAAAUUAUAAACAUCGAUGUGAACAGAUUCCUCAAAAUAAGGGUAAAAGAAUGGAGAAAAUUUCCGAUAGCUUGGAGGCUUUUAUGUGCUAUGCAGAAUCUUUUUACAAUCAACAGAUGGCAUAUAAAACUGGGUAUCGAUACACAGCAUUUUUAAAUCCAGAAAACUACUUUAAAGAUGUAUAUAAAUGCCUAAAAGCUCAACCUCCAAAAUUAAUUGGAAUGUUAAAAUAUGUUCACGCCACAACUAUCAAGAUGUAUUAUGAUCUUGAGCAUGAACGAUGUGUUCAGCAUCUAAAAGAAAUUCAUGCAGAUUUUCUCAAGACAUUGAAAGAAAAUCCAUCUAGGGGUGCCGAAAUUAACAUGGAAUAUAAUAGGUUUGAUAUUGACUUUUGUAAUGAGAAAAUUUAUGAAGUGUUCUUAUUAUGCGAUGCGGCUAAAGAAUUUACAGGAAAUCAAAAUUUAAAUAUUGAUAAUAAUUUAGAAGCUAGAGCCUACGCUCAAGAGCAAUUAAAUUUAUGGAGGGAAGAAAAAGGAAUCAAUUUCAUUUUGUACAUUACUAUUACUUUCGCUAGUUCUAAGAUAGUAACAAAUUUUUAA